CACAGCCCCUAUCCCGUCAUCGCCAUCGCACUCGGUCUUUCUGACAAGGCUUGUGGGUCGUGGAAGAAUAAUUCGACCUGGGACAGGCCAGCACACUUCGUCCCAUCCCCUUGGCCCCAGCUCAUGGUCCACGAUCCAGAGCCAGGGACCAGGUCUCGGCCGACCCACCAUUAAACCGUCUCUACUCACUCUCAUGUUUUCCCUCCUAACCGCUUGCGGUUGCUGUCGAGAGGCGCCCUCCAUGACGACCCUCGACCGCGCUGCCCCACUGCCGCCAUAGCCGUGGUGCCUGGGAAUGGGGAGUCAAGCACCCAUCAUGAGACAUGACUCUCAGACACCUGGCUUGUGUAGAUCAGGUUUGACAUUGUCGCUUUCGUCCCAACUCCUGAUGAUUUCGUCCAGGACGAGGGCCAGGGCUGUUGGCCUGGGGUUCGUCUUCGUCUCUUCCAUCGGCUAAACGGCCAGCCUCGCUCUGCUAGAGCGCGCCCUAUUCCCGUUGGGCCUCGAGGAGGGCCAUCUCCGUAUAUAAUACUUCAUAAACCUGCUCACUCCCCAAACUUGCUCACGCCACUCUUCCUGUUCAGUAGCUGAGCUCAUUUCCUUCUUGGCAUCGUCUCAUUCCCUUCUCCUUCCAACCAACUCCAAGUCACUCUUUGACCCGCUGCCGGCCAGCUUUGAUAGUACGAUACCUCAGGCAGGAAACAUACGACGCCAUAAUGCACGCCCCUUCAGUCAUCAGCCUCCUGGUCUCUGGCCUGGCUGCCUCCUCGGUUGCCGGCUUCGAGCUGAGCGCCCCGGGUGCCUCCCUGUCCCGCCGUAGCGUCGCCCUCGUCGCUGCCGCCGUCGGACCCGCUCUGGCCCUCCCCGCCGACAUCUCCAUCGAGGCUCGUCACCACCAAGGCAAGGGCGGUAAGAAGAAGAACAAGGCCAACGCCAGGCGCCAGGAGGACGAGGAGGAGGAUGAGCUUGAGGAGCGCGACCUCGAGGCCCGUCACCACCAGGGCAAGGGCGGCAAGAAGAAGAACAAGGCCGCUGCCGCCGCCCGCGACCUCGAGGAGCUCGAGACCCGCGAGCCCCACCACCAGGGCAAGGGAGGCAAGAAGAAGAACAAGGCUGCCGCCGCUGCUCGUGAUGUAGACGAGACCGCCAACCUUGAGACCCGUGAGCCCCACCACCAGGGCAAGGGCGGUAAGAAGAAGAACAAGGCUGCUGCCGCCGCUCGUGAUGUCGAGGAGACCGCCAACCUUGAGACCCGCGAGCCUCACCACCAGGGCAAGGGCGGCAAGAAGAAGAACAAGGCCGCCGCUGCCGCCCGUGAUGUCGAGGAGACCGCCAACCUCGAGACCCGCGAGCCCCACCACCAGGGCAAGGGAGGCAAGAAGAAGAGCAAGGCCGCUGCCGCCGCCGCCAACUAA